AUGGAUUCCAUCAAGAACACUGUCAACCAAGCUACUGAGAAGGUCCAGGAGGGUCUCUCUGGCACCAGCAAGGAGGCUAACAAGGAGGUUGCAAAGGAUUCAAACGCAGGCAUUGGCACUCGUCCAACACACAAAUCUCGAACUAUUCUGAAUUAUCUGACGCCUUUCUUCAGUGCUUCCGCGGCCAAAGAUGCUGCGUCCGACAAGAUGGACGAGACGAAACACUCUGCUAAGUCCGAGGGUUACUCUGCUCAAAAGUGA